UAUCAUUUUCGGAAAGGACUAUCUUGGACGUCGUCUCUACCCGCUGCACCUCGAUCGUAGGUAAUGCUCUGAUAUUUUUCUCCGCAUCGAUUUAAUUUUUCGGGGAGGAAAAAGAAUAUAGUGUUUUUUAUUCUUUCAAAUAGAUUUUAUUUGUUUUACUCUUUCCGCGCUCGUUUUAUUACAUUCAGUCGUCCGUCCAUCUGUCCGUUCAUUGAUAAAAAUAUAAUAUAAUCACGACCGUAAACGUGUAUUUUAUUGGAGGUACGUACUCCUUAGAUCGAGUGUAUGCACUCUGGAGCAAAACAAGUGUCGAAAUCGUGCGUGGAUAAUUAAGUUUGUAUCUCUAAACCAUCGCGACCAUCGAAUGUUUUAUACCAAUCUUGAAUUAAUUUCGUGAAACGGCUGUUUGAAUCGUUUGACUCGUAUUUUAUCUGACGCACAAAACGAAGACGCGGGACUCGAUACGUUCAGUGCUUAUUUCCUUUGCCCAGGCGUUGAUUUGCAAGUAACUGACCAAGGACAGUAUACAAGUAUCUAAACGUGCCUGAAAACAACUAUUACAAUAUACACUACAAUGACAACAAUUGCGCUUUUGUCAUUGUCUGUAUAGUGUGGCCUAUUUUGUUGCUGCCGUAAUUGCAGGGUUUGUUUGAAGUCAAAGCUACUAAACAAAUUUAAAUUGAGAUGUAUGCAAAAGGAAAGGGCGCAACAGUGCCAUCAGAUGCUCAGGCUAGAGAAAAGUUAGCAUUGUACGUUUAUGAGUAUUUAUUACAUAUUGGAGCUCAGAAAGCAGCUCAAACAUUUUUAAAUGAAAUUAGAUGGGAAAAGAAUAUCACACUUGGCGAACCACCAGGAUUUUUGCAUUCUUGGUGGUGUGUAUUUUGGGAUUUAUAUUGUGCAGCUCCAGAGCGCCGUGAUACAUGUGAACAUUCAAGUGAAGCUAAAGCAUUUCAUGAUUAUGGUUUUGUAAAUUCAGGAUAUGGUGUAAAUGGUAUUGCACAUAAUGCUGGACCUUCUCCUAGUCCUUUAGGACAAAUGCCUCCAAAUGAUGGAAUGCCAGGAGGUCCAAUGCCUGGUGGAUUUUUUCCAAAUGCUUCAAUGAGACCAUCACCUCCAAGUCAUCCUUCAGCACAACAAUCUCCUCAUUCUCAACCACCGUCACAUGGACAAAUGUUAUCAAAUCAGCCUUUUAUGGGUCCUCGAUAUCCAGGUGGUCCAAGGCCUGGAAUUCGCAUGUCACAAUUAGGAAAUGAUUUUAAUUCUCCUACAGGUCAACCAAUGAUGCCUGGGAUGGAUCCUUUAAGACAAGGUGAAGCUGGAGAAUAUGUUGUAGGUUGGCAAGGAGGUAUGGGACCAAUGAAUCCUCGUAUGAAUCCUCCUCGAGGUCAAAACACUCAAAACAUGAGUCCAUUAGGAUCUUAUAGCCCUGGAAUGCGUGGACCUCCGCCUAAUACAACCUUAGGCCCUGGUGGUGGCGGACCAAACAUGCCUUUAUCUAUGGGUGGACUUGUUGGAAGGCCACAAUGGCAACCAAAUGCAAAUACUCCAAUGAGUUAUUCAUCAUCAUCACCAGGAGCGUAUGGAGGACCCUCGGGAUCAGGCGGCCCUCCUGGACCAGGCACACCAAUUAUGCAAAGUCCUCAAGAUUCUUCAAACUCUGGAGGAGAAAGUAUGUACACAAUGAUGAAGCCGGUUACCGGAGGGAAUAUGCCUGGUGAUUUUCCAAUGAAUAAUGCAUCAGAUAGUGGACCAUUAGGACCAAUGGGUCCUAAUACAAUGAAUUCGGUUUUGAACGGUGAAGGACUAGAUGGUAUGAAAAAUUCACCUGCGCCAGGUGGCCCAGGGACACCGAGAGAAGAUAGUGGAAGUGGCAUGGGCGAUUAUAAUUUGUCAGGAUUUGGAGGAGCAGGAGAAAAUGUAAUUGGCCUGGAUAUAUAUUAGUUUAGGGACGUUGAAGACAAUCGAUGAACUACAUACUGAUUAAGGAGUGAUGACAAUUGUAUGGUGACCAAGAAACAUAAAGUGGCAAAUAAUUACAAUUGAUUAUAACUUAAGCUUUUUUUUUUCAUUAAUGUAGUAUUAAAAUGCAUUUAAUUUUUUUUUUUUUGUAACAUUCAGUAUUGUUCACCAUUUUUUUCAUCUCACCAUCAUCGGGUUGUUAUUCAUCUUUUUUUUGUCAGACUUUUAAAUCCACAAUUGAUAAUUUGUCAUAAACUGCCUUAAGCGUUUAACAAAAACUAUCACUAUGAGUUAAAAACUUUGUAGAUUCCCAAAAAAAUAUUAAAGACAUGAAAUAACUUUUAAAUACAGUAUAAACUGAAUUUAUUAUAUACAGUGUAUUGUGCCUGAAUUUUAAAUUGGUGUUUAUAGAGCUUGUGCAUAUAUCUAUUUACAAGUAUUUGGCAUAUUAUAUUUUGAUCUGGGUAAAUUUUUUUAUAUUAGUAUUAUUAUUUGUCAGCAUAAGUGUUUCUUUAGUUUUCUAUUUACACUAUUAUUUAGUGUAUAACUAAAUCAAACUCAUCCCCAGCUAAAAUGUUAUGAAAAGGUAUGCAGUUUAAAAUUAUAUAAUUUAUCAAUACAUUUUCUCAUGUUAAUUAAGAUUCACAGAAUAACAUUAUUGAAUGAUGUUUAUUUUGAAUUAUUUAAUUAAAAAUGAAAAUAGUAAGCAUCAGAUAAAUUUACUUAAUUUCUUUUCUUGUAUAGCAUUUUAAUUUGUAUGGUAAAAUUAAGGAAGCUGAUAUAAGUUUUAUAUAAACAAUCUAUAUAACUUUUCUCUGUUACUAUCAUUUAUUAGUAACAGUUUUAUAUUAACGACCAAACUUGAUAUCUAUUCUCUAGUUUGAAUUAUACUAUAUGAUAGUCACGUUUUUAAACUUUGGAUAAAUAACUACUAAUUAUGUUAUCCCUAUUGAGAGGUAUACGAUAUAAAAAAUACUAUUACUAAUUGGUAGAUCUGUCAUCAUUAUUCUGUGGUAUAUUAUUUUUUAUUCUCAAUCUAUAAAAAUAUUUUUCACCUUUCAAAUUAAAAUUAAAAUUACAGUAAUGUUGACGACAAAUUGUCAACUUAACAAAUCAAUAUAUUUAUUAGUAUUUCAAUGAUGCAAUUAAAAUCAUUUAGGUUAUCAAAUUAUAACUAUUUAGAAAACAAUAUUUCUUUGAAGUUGUAAUUAUUAAUCUCAUAUCAUAUUAUUAAGUAAACUAUUUCAAUAUUCUUGUAUUGCUGUUUGUGUCCUAGUCGUUUCUGUAUUGUAAAACCAUAACUGUUGGCACUCCAAUAAGGGUACAUUAUUAUAUCUUAAUGUACCUAACAUUUAUUUUGAUGCGAGAUUUAGAAUCAGACUGAAUCUGCUGCAAUAAUAACAGAAUAUUACAUCCAAUAGUAAAAAAUAUGAUUGUAUCUUGAAAUUUUAACGUUAUAGAUUUAAAAGCUCUUGCCAUAAAAAUCAGUGCAAUACGUUUAUAAUGACAUGUUCAUUCCUGACACGUUUUUGAAAUUUGAUGGUUCAUAGUCAAUAGAGUGUAAAUAGUUAUAUUUAAAUCAUUAUUAUGAAUAUGCUAUUAUUCAAUGUAUUAUAACAGAAUUAAUGGAUAGUAUUUUAUAAAUAUAUUUUAGAUAAAUUUGUUUUAAAUCAGAAACAACAUAAUAAUUAUGUUAUAAUCACAUCAUUAUAAUAGGAAACUACACCAUCUAUUUGAUAACUAUUUCAUACAUCAUAAUAUUAUCUAAUGGCUGAAAUGCAGUCAUUAUUUUUCAAAAGCACUAACAUUUUGUUUAAAAUGAUCUUUUAUGUUUUUUUGGGAUUUCUACUUUUUAAAAUAACAAUGUUUUUAUAUAACUAUUUCUGUUCAAUAUUAUAAAUAAAUCUAUAUAUAUAUUUAAAAUUCAUGUUUUAAUGAAUUAAAAAUAUAUAUAAUAAAUGUAUUAUUUAAUUUAAUAUGACUAUGUAUCACAAAUUAUACAGUUUAAUGUAUUAAACAUUAAAUCAAAUAUAAAUUCAUUUUAUUUGUUAAUGAUUUUGCCAUUUAGUUGUAAAUUUUUAAUACUUGUUUUUAAUCAAAUAUCAAUUGAAACUCAUUUUUUUCUUAAUUAAAUCUCGAUAUAUAUAUAAAUAUUUUAUAUUGUUUAUUAAUUACAAAUUACGAUAAGUUAAAAAUUAAAGCCCAAUUCAUAAUAAAUAAUUUUUUUAAAUAAUUAUUCAAGUGACUGCAUUUGAAUGAUAUAUUUUUAAUGAUUAGUCAAGUAUUUAACUAUUACACACAUGUUAUAUCAUAAAAUAUUUCAAUUCAUAUUUAUCAAAACUUAAUUCAAAACUAUUGUGGGAUUACAUAUUAAUGUAAACCAAACUGAAUAUAAUGAUUUACCUAUGAAGUCUCUCUUUAUUAAAUAUCAUGUGGUAUAUCAUUUUUGUAAUUUGUAUUUUUGAUCAUUUGAAGAAAACCGUAUUGUUAAGUAUUUUUACUGUCUGUGUUUACUUAAUAUUUCUAAAUGAUACAAGAAAAUCUAUUGAAAAAUAUAUACUAAAUUAUUUCAAAUAGUUAACAAUUUUAGGUUCCUUACUGUAAAUAAUACUAAAUGGCAAAUAUUUUAUAUAAUCCAUAAUCUACAAUUUAACUGAUAUCGAUCAGUAAUAAUUAAAACAGUCCAAUAAUAAUUUAAUAAAUACCAAGAACUGUGUAAAUGUUUUGUUAGAAGUUUUCUUUAUUUGCUAUAAAGUUUAGCAAUAUGAAAAGAAUUUUAAAAACAUUGUAAGAUUUACAUGUUAAAAAUAUGUAUAUAUUAUAUAAAUUGAUUAGCCAAAUUUAAUCGAUCAAUUUAAACUUAUAACAUAAACCGUAACAUUUUUAUAAGAACUUCAUCUACUAUGAAUUAUUUUUACAAAUUUAUUAUUAUUUAAAGGUAAAUACCGUCAUUUCAUAUUUAGUUAUUAUUUUUAUAAAUAUAAUGUAACAUUUCAUCUGAAAAUGGCACCUUUUUUUUAAGUAUAAUAUAUUAAUUAUUAUUGUUUUUUUUUUUUUUUUUUAAUCAAAAUGUUAUUAAAUUUGUAUUUAUAUUGAAAUUAAUUUGUUUCUCGUCCCAAAUACAUUCCCUCUAAGGCUUAAUGUUUUAAUCUAGAUUUUAUUUAAGUAAACAAUGUUGUAAAAUUGUACUAUUAAUUUGUACGUUGUUUUAAUUAUAAUUAUUAUUAUUAUUAUUAUUAUUAUUAUUAUUAUUAUUAUUAUUUCUAUUAUACAUUUCAUAGUUAUUUGUUUAUCUGUGGUAUAUAUUAUAAAUAGUUAUCUGGAAAGUUUAAUGGUAUUUUUAGAAAUACUUAAGUACAAUGUACAAGUAUUUUAUAAUUUUUCCUUUAUAAAAUCUCAAUUUAAAUAAAAUAUAUUAAUUAUUUUUGAUUUAAAGUUAAAUAUAAUGCACUAUUUAUAAAAAAAUAUAAUAUGAUUUAGAAGUUCAAAAUUGUAUAAGGUUAUAUUAUAAGUUCUAAGUUGUAAUGGCAAUAUUCUAUUAACAAUUAUAUGAAUUAACAAAAAUUGUUGAUUUUUAAUAAAAUACAAAUUGUUAAUUACCAAACAGUAAAAAAAGUGACUGUUUAUCAAUUUCAUCUCCAUAUUAUAUUUACAAAAAUAAUAUACUUGUAUUUAAAUUGAGAUGAGAAAGUUCACGUGCAAUCUUUUUAUUUAUCAAAAAAUACUAUUAAACAUUUCAUCAUAUUAUUUACUAUUGUAUUAUGUUUAAAUCAGAACUGUUUGCGAUAAAUUAUUUAUAAUAAUAAUGUACUAUGUAUGCCAAAUGUCUCGGAAAUAUUGGAAUACCAAUCUAGUGGAUAGUUGGUUCUCCUAAUAUUUUUAUUCGGUCCCAUCUAAUGUUACAUCAAUCUAGUUACAUAGUAGGUAGUCUUAACGGGUUGUGUAUUUUGAUCGUUUCCUAUUCAAUUAGUUUUACUGUAAUUAAUUAGUUAUUUAUUAGUAUAGUUUAUAAUUUUUAUACUACAAGUAGAUAUAAAUUGUUCAACUGGUUUGCACACAAAAUAUUAUGUACUAUAGUUAGUCUUAAGUGGAAUUAUACUUGAGCUAGGUGACUGGGAAUUUAUGAGUACGAGACAUUUCGGUGUAUAUUGUUAAUUAAAUAUAUCUUUAAACAUAAUUAUAAUGAGUUCUUUUCUAUAAUAUGUGUUCAACAUUAAGUAAAAUAUCUUCAUGUAUGAUUUAUUAAUUACAAGUUAUACGAUUAAGCA